UGAGGGGGAGGGAGGGGGACCGAAAGGGACAGAGGUUUCUGAUGGAGAGGAGCACUCCGGUGAGGAAGCCCCACACUUCGACGGCGGAUCUGCUGACGUGGUCCGAGGCCCCCCCGCCGGCGCCGGCGGACUCGGCCCGACCCGGGUCCGGCCAAUCUCGCCCCGGCGCGCGUCCCCAUCAGCCGUCGGAUGGGAUCAGCAAGGUGGUGUUCGGAGGUCAGGUGACUGAUGAAGAAGUUGAGAGCUUGAACAAGAGGAAACCGUGUUCGGGUUACAAAAUGAAGGAGAUAACUGGAAGUGGCAUCUUUUCGGGUAGUGAAGAAAAUGAUCCGUCAGAGUCUGGCAAUACUACUCCAAACAGCAGAACAGGAAUCCGAAUGUACCAGCAAGCCGUUGCUGGAAUCAGUCACAUCUCCUUUGGGGAGGAAGAGAGCGUUUCUCCGAGAAAACCUACUACUCUGCCUGAGGUUGCGAAACAACGCGAAUUGAGUGGGACGCUGGAAAGUGAGUCGGACGGGAUGUUGAAAAAGCAGAUCUCUCAUGCUAAGACCAGAGAGCUUAGUGGGCAUGACAUAUUUGCACCUCCUCCUGAAAUCUUGCCCAGGACGGUGCCUUCACGCUCACCCGCAAUGCAUCAAGACAUGGAAGAACCUGCACCACGUAAUUUACGCACAUCUGUCAAAGUUUCUAAUCCCGCUAGAGGACAGAGCAAUUUAAUGUCCACUGAGGAACCUGUGCUGAAGACGGCGAAGAAGAUCUAUGACAAGAAAUAUACUGAACUUUCAGGAAAUGACAUCUUCAAGGGUGACGUGCCUCCAUCAUCUGCGGAGAAACCACUAAGUGGGGCGAAACUGCGCGAGAUAAGUGGCAAUGACAUUUUUGCUGAUGGUAAGGUAGAAUCUCGGGACUACCUGGGCGGCGUGCGCAAGCCACCUGGCGGUGAGAGCAGCAUCACAUUGGUUUGAUAAGAUAUGACUCGGACCAACUAUUUCACGUAAUAGUCUUGUGUCUGGAUUUUCGUUUGGUUCUCACUGUGAACAUGUUCUGGUAUUACUCUCCUUUCAUUAAGUUCAUCAAGGGAUAAGGCAAACCUCGUUCCAGUAUUUAACAUGAUUGGCUAGAGAUGUGACCAAUGUGCUAAUUGGCACUAUGUAUUCAUACUUGUGUCUGGUUUAGCGAUUGUCCUAAUCUUCUGCAA